ACGAACCGGAGCAUCAGCUAUGAGGAUAACGGCAAUGAACCGCUUGUUUCACCCCCAAUAGGUUCGUGCCUAUCUUCCCUGGUGGGUGCCCAUACGUCACGACUGUCGGGGCGACGUACCAAAUUCCCGAAACAACAGUUCGCUUCUCCGGAGGGGGAUACCUUAAAACACUCGGAAGCAGAUUGUUCAACAAGAAUGGGAGAGCCUAUCCUGAUGUUGCGGCUCAGGGCUAUCGGUAUUUCAUCGUGUAUCAAUGGAAAGUCAUACGUGUCUCGGGUACGAGCGCUUCGACACCUACUUUCGCUGCGAUAAUCGCGCUCUCAAACGAUGCUCUACUCUCCAAAGGUCAUGGACCUCUCGGAUUUCUCAACCCAUGGAUUUACUCUCUCAAACCGGGAGUCCUGAACGACAUCACUACGGGUAGCAACCCAGGUUGUGGAACGACAGGGUUCAAUGCGACGAGAGGUUGGAACCCUGCAACUGGAUUUGGAACGCCUGAUUUGCCGAGACUUCUUAAGGCACUCAAGCUUUGACCAUUGGGUGUUUGUUCUUCUUAAAACUCACUUCUCGGUAUUGGCACUAUUAUUGGUCAGUGCAGCGCACUAUUGGAUGGCGGGGGAAGCGGAGGCAAAGCGGCUGGCACAUCUAGGGUGUAGGGUAUGUGGUACUGUAUAGGGGAGCUUGGCUUCACCA